AUGGUAAAAUGCGCCAUCAGCAAACCUCUUCCAAUUCUGCACAAAUAUUAUCAAUCAGGAGAUCCUGUAAUUGCUGGCAUAAUUUCUCAAAUCUACAUAUUUUCAGAUACGAUAACCUUCAAAAAAUCACCCACCCAUGAACUCUUUGACAACCGUAUCUAUUUCAUUGCAAGCUGGACAUAUCUUGCUUCAAUGGACCUUCUAUCAACACAGGGCAAUUUCAUCCCCAACUAUAAGUGUGACACCCAUAACAAUGUAGCAGCGGUUAUUGGGGGACCCAAUUCUGAUAUCUGUGCCAACAUGGCAACAAUUCUGAACAUCUACAAUAUUCCACAGUUCAUAUAUGGCUCUGCUCCAGGAACAAAUAACAAAAAUGAAAUGCCUUUCUUCUACCGAUUGUUUCCCAGUGGAGCUGUUCAAUAUCCAGGAAUUCUCCAGUUGUUGCUGCAUUUCAUGUGGACAUGGAUUGGAGUGAUUGUUCAGGAAGAUGAUAAUUCAGAGAGUUUUGUGCAAAAUGAACUUCCCACAUUUUCCCAAAAUGGCAUCUGCUUUGACUUCAUAGGAAGUUUUCCCAAAUUAACGUUUACAAGUGAGUUUACAGAAAUGCUUGAGAAGGGCCAUGAUAUGUUUCAAGUUGUCAUGGAAAGCACUGCCAAUGUUGUAAUCAUAUAUGGUGAAAUUCAAACCAUAAUGAAUUUGAGAACUUUGCUCUACCUCUCAAAAUUUGAGAAUAUGACGCUAAAGGCAAAAGUCUGGAUUAUGACUGCACAAAUGGAUUUCACAUCCGUUGGGAUUCAAAGAAACUGGGACAUUCAUUUCAUCCAUGGUGCUUUAUCCUUUGGAAUUCAUGGAAAGGAUGUCCCUGGAUUCCAGACAUUUCUCAAGAUCAGGAACCCUACCACAGAAAAAGGAGAUGGAUUUAUAUGGGAUUUCUGGGAAGAGGCGUUUGAUUGUUUCUUUCCCAACUCUGAAGUAGAUGGGCUGGCUAAGGGACCCUGUACUGGGGAGGAGAAGAUGGAAACUCUUCCUGGUACUGUGUUUGAAACGAGCAUGAGUGGCCACAGCUAUAGCAUCUAUAAUGGUGUCUAUGCUUUGGCUCAUGCUUUGCACAUCAUGCAUUCAUCUAAAUUCAAACACAGAGCAAGUGUGGACAAAAGGAGACGGGAUCUUCUUCAUCAACAGCCAUGGCAGCUUCACCACUUCCUGAGGAGUUUCUCAUUUAACAACACUGCUGGGGAAACAGUUUCCUUUGACCAAGAAGGGCAAUUAAUAGUUGGAUUUGAUAUUAUAAACUGGGUUACCUUCCCGAACCAGUCAUUCCUUAGAGUCAAAGUUGGAAGGGUAGACAUGAAAGAUUCCUCAAACAUAUCAUUCAGCAUUUUUGAGAAUUCCAUUGUAUGGCCCAGCAGCUUCAACCAGGCAUGGCCCUUUUCUCUGUGUAAUGACCAUUGCCAUCUGGGUUAUAGCAAGACCAAGAAAGAAGGGAAGCCAUUUUGCUGCUAUGAUUGCCUUCCAUGUCCAGAAGGGAAGAUUUCAAACCAGGAGGAUAUGGAUGACUGCUUUCAGUGCCCAGAUGAACAAUAUGCAGCCAAUGACAAGGACUUCUGCAUUCAAAAGACUAUGACCUUCUUAUCAUUUGAAGAACCUUUGGGAAUAACCUUGGUCGUAUUUGCUCUUUCCCUAUCUUCCAUUACAGCUUUGGUGCUUCAGAUCUUCAUUAAGCACAAGAGCACUCCCAUAGUCAAGGCCAACAACCAAAACCUCACCUACACUCUCCUCAUCUCCCUCUUGCUAUCAUUCCUUUGUGCUUUGCUAUUCAUCAACCGGCCUGAGAGAAUGACAUGUCUCCUUCGUCAAGUUGCUUUCGGUGUCAUUUUUUCAGUUGCGGUUUCUUGCGUAUUAGCCAAAACUAUCAUUGUUGUUCUAGCUUUCAUGGCCACCAAGCCAGGAUCUAGGAUGAGGGCAUGGGUGGGGAUAAAAUUGGCUUACUUCAUUGUUUUUUCCUGCUCCUUUAUUCAAGCCACUAUUUGUAUUGUGUGGUUGGCAAUCUCUCCCCCAUUCCCCGAUGUUGACAUGCACUCGAUGACUGAUGAAAUUGUUCUGGAAUGUAAUGAAGGUUCAACUGUCAUGUUCUACUGUGUCCUGAGCUUUAUGGGCUUCUUGGCCAUUGUCAGCUUCACUGUGGCUUUCCUAGCAAGGAAGUUACCAGACAAUUUUAAUGAAGCCAAAUUCAUCACCUUCAGCAUGUUGGUCUUCUGCAGUGUUUGGUUGUCUUUUGUCCCAACCUCCCUGAGCACGAAAGGGAAAUACACAGUGGUUGUGGAGAUCUUCUCGAUUUUGUCCUCCAGUACUGGACUACUGGGUUGCAUCUUCUGCCCCAAGUGCUUUAUCAUUUUGCUGAAGCCUGAGCUGAACAGCAGAGAGCAGCUAAUAAGGAAUAGGCAUUAA